AUGAUCGUUUCCAACGUGAGCCUGAGCGGCUGCGCGGAUUUCAACAGCGCUCUGUGUGCCGGAGCCGGGGAAGGGCACCUGGGGGGCGGAUCAUACCGGACCACUCUCACCCCGACUGGGAACCUGGUAGUGGCUGUGUGCCUGGGCUUUAUCGGCACUUUCGGACUUAUUAACAACCUGCUGGUGCUUGUUCUUUUCUGCCGCUACAAGAUGCUGCGGUCGCCCAUCAACCUGCUCCUGAUGAACAUUUCCAUCAGCGACCUGCUGGUGUGCGUACUGGGGACUCCGUUCAGCUUCGCGGCCAGCACGCAAGGAAGGUGGCUCAUAGGGGAACGGGGCUGCGUGUGGUACGGCUUCGCCAACUCGCUCUGUGGCAUUGUGUCCCUCAUCUCUCUGGCUGUCCUCUCCUAUGAGCGCUACAGCACUAUGAUGGCUCCCACUGAGGCGGACUUCUCCAACUACCGUAAAAUCUCCCUUGGCAUCAUCAUGUCCUGGGCGUACUCACUUAUCUGGACCCUGCCGCCGCUCUUUGGCUGGAGCCACUACGGCCCAGAGGGACCUGGGACCACCUGCUCUGUCGAUUGGACAGCCAAGACAGCGAAUAACAUCUCUUACAUCAUAUGUCUGUUUAUAUUCUGCCUCAUCGUGCCCUUCCUGGUGAUUGUGUUCUGCUACGGAAAGCUACUGUCUGCCAUCAGACAGGUGAGCGGGAUCAAUGCGUCGGUGAGCAGGAAACGUGAGCAGCGCGUGCUAUUCAUGGUGGUGAUUAUGGUGAUGUGCUACCUAAUAUGCUGGCUGCCUUAUGGCAUCAUGGCCCUACUGGCCACCUUCGGCCCACCGGGCCUGGUCACACCGGAGGCGAGCAUCAUCCCCUCAGUCCUUGCCAAAACGAGCACGGUCAUCAACCCAGUCAUCUACGUCUUCAUGAAUAAACAGUUUUACAGGUGCUUCCAAGCCCUGCUGCAGUGUGAAGCUCCUCGACGAGGCUCCAGCAUAAAGAGUUCCUCCAAGGUCCCCACCAAGGCCAUGAGGGGAGUAGCAGGAACUGGUCCCCGCCGUACUAACGAAUUCCUAUUUAUGGUAGCCUCAUUGGGUCAACCAGCUGCUACAGUCCCCCAACUGGAGCUCUCAUGUGAACCUACUAUCGAUAUCACAAAAGCCCCUUCUUCAGACAAUAAACCUGUUGUAGUCUCACUAGUGGCUCACCGUGAUGGCUGACAAUUGGUUAUACAAUCAUAAAACCCUAAGGUCCCCAUCCAGGAGAUCAGUGAAAACGAAAGAGGUGAUUUUACUGAGACUUAAAAAGCGGCGGUCUGCCAGUCCAGGUGGAUUCAACGUGACUCCAGCAUUAACUCUGGCCUGCCUAGUACAGAUGAUAGAUCAGUAAGUAAGGGCUGUCUCUGGAAAAUGUGAGCAACUAUCAGAGAUGACAGUAAAUCUACAGAAGCUGGGAGUUUGUAUUUUUUACUGAGAAAAGAAACACUAUGAUCCUUUCUUAGAAAGCACAUUUAAAGGAUGCUCUUAUCAGAGUUUUGGAGUCAAACUGUAAUAAAAGAGGAAUUCUAAGGAUCAUUUUGUGCAAUAUCUCAUUCUCUUAAAAUGUCAUAACAAUAGCAUGUUCCAGAGUGCGGGGGAGGGGUUAUGAUUGGUCUGUACUGAUUGUUACUGACUGCAGUUACAAAGUGAAGUGAA